UCCCCUUCCCCUCCCCACCCGGGAGGAGAGGCACGGAGUGACCGACGGAGCCACCGCUCCGGCCGCUCCGACACCCCGCUCUCCUCCAUGGGGCACAGGUAAGCGCGCCGCCCCCCGCCCCCCGGGGCGAGCGGGGGUCGCCAUGGCCGCCCCCCCACCCCUCGAGGGGCGGCGGGGAGCCCCCCCCCGCUGCUCCCGCACCGCCGCCCCGGUGUUAUCCCCGUUAUUAUCCGCCUUAUUAUCCCCUUUUUUUAUCCUCAUCCCCGUUUUCAUCCCCGUUUUUAUCCCCGUUAUUCCCCCCACUGCCCGCCCGCCGCGGGGGGAGCGCGGCCGGUCGCGCCCUGCCCGCCGAGGGGGGCACGGAGCCUUCUUUGGGACGCGAUGUCCUAUUUGGUGUGGGUGGAUGGCUUAACUUGCUGGUAAUUUCUGCUGCGUCAACACCCAGCUCAAGGGAGAGGAGAAGAGACAAGGGGGCAUUUUAACAGCAGCUCCACUUGCGGAUAGCCAGCCUCAAUCCCGGCUCCAGCAUUAAAACCCUUUCCGCCCCCUAAAAACCAGCAUCCGUGCAAGUUGGACCAGGAGUUUGUCAGGAGUGUGGUUCAAAACUGCUUGGAAAAAGGGAUGAGGCCAUCUGAUGAACCUUCUGGAGCUUCUUACCAGAGACCAUUCUCCUCUCUUCAUUGAAACAUGCACUGUCCAGCUGUGAAACACUGCAAGGUUUAUUUUUGCUGACAGGAAACACUUUCAAGUAUCGUUCUGUCUUUCUCCUACAAGAGUUCACACCAGUGCUGUCAGAAGGUCACAAUCAGGGCACUACCUGUGCUGCCCUGGGGCUGUUGAUGUCCUCAGCUGUUGUAGGAGAAACACUAGACCUGGAACCCAGUUUGUUACUGAGGAGGAGAAUCUGGAGCAUCACUUAGAAGAUACCUUGCUGCUGGCACCAGCUCGCCUUUUAUUUUGGAUAAUACUGCCAAAUUCUGAAAGGACUUGUGGAAGAGGAAACAUAAAGAUCUCCAAAUGAAUAACCGAAAGGAAGAUAUGGAAAUUGCUUCCCACUACCGUCACCUGCUGCGGGAGCUGAACGAGCAGAGGCAGCACGGGAUCCUCUGCGACGUCUGCAUCAUCGUGGAGGGCAAGAUCUUCAAGGCUCACAAAAACGUCCUCCUGGGGAGCAGCCGCUACUUCAAAACCCUCUACUGCCAGGUGCAGAAAACCUCGGACCAGGCCACAGUCACCCACCUGGACAUCGUCACCGCCCAGGGCUUUAAGGCAAUCAUUGACUUCAUGUACUCCGCACACCUGGCGCUGACCAGCAGGAACGUCAUCGAGGUGAUGUCGGCUGCCAGCUACCUGCAGAUGACAGACAUCGUGCAGGCCUGUCACAACUUCAUCAAAGCAGCUCUGGACAUAAGCAUCAAGUCUGAUGCCUCGGAGGACCUCGUUGAUUAUGAGCUGGGAGCCCCUUCCAGCAGCAGCACGGACGCUCUGAUUUCGGCAGUCGUGGCUGGCAGGAGUAUAUCCCCCUGGCUGGCUCGCAGAACCAGCCCAGCAAACUCCUCCGGGGACUCAGCCAUUGCCAGCUGCCAUGAGGGAGGGAGUAGUUAUGGGAAAGAGGAUCAAGAACCAAAACCAGACAGCCACGAAGACAUUUCGUCCCAGUCUCUCUGGGCUAGUGACAUGGGCUAUGGGUCUUUGCGUAUCAAAGAGGAGCAGGUGUCACCGUCCCACUACGGAGGGGGUGAGCUGCACUCUGCCAAGGAUAGUGCAAUACAGAGUGGGUUCUCAGAGCAAGGAGUGGGGGAUGGCUGGCAGCCCACGGGCCGCAGGAAGAACAGGAAAAACAAAGAAACUGUGAGACAUAUUACGCAGCAAGUGGAGGAUGACAGCAGGGCAAAUUCUCCUGUGCUGCCCAUUUUACCUGCCUCAGGAUGGCCGUACAGCAGUCGAGACCCAGGCGCUGAUGCGGCCGGGACGGAGCCCAGCAGCUCGGACAGCAGGGUGGAGCGGCCGGAGCCCUACACCAACGUGGAGGAAGCGCUGCUGGGAGGGGAGUCCAGCUACAUCCACCAGCCCCUGACUCCGGACAAGGAGGAUGCGCUGCAGGCCGCCACCGUGGCCAACCUGCGCGCGGCUCUGAUGAGUAAGAACAGUUUGCUGUCGCUGAAAGCCGACAUGCUGAGCGAGGACAGCUCGCUGCUCUUCGAGUACCUCCCCAAAGGCACGCACUCGCUCUCCCGGCCUGGCACCAGCUCGAAUCCUUCAAGGGGUGAAAGUGAUGGCAAACUGGAAGCACCAUCUCCCCCGCUGCCUUCAGCACACCUUGCCACUCAGAGCCCCACCAGGAUCUGCUCUUCUGGUGAAAUGUCACCAGAAACGGGGAUAAAAGGAGAGAUGCCUUCCUCAACCCAGGCUGCCUUUGAUGGAUUGCUGGCGCUUUGGCAGUUUGAUAACUCUGACUCAGAUUCGAGUUUCCCGAGAUCUGAGGACACAGACGUCACCGCCAGUGGGACUUUGCUGGACUCGGCCCUGGCCAAGAGGCUGACCUGUGGCUUCUGCAGGAGGGUGUUCCAGUGUGCUGAGGAGCUGAAGGAGCACAUCCACGAGCACGCCUUCUCCAUGCUCCUCCCGCUCGACGUGCUCGACUGCUCCCGGCCCGGCCUCGCCGACGGCGCCGCUGCCGGCCAGCUCGGCCGCUUCCAGUGCCCCAAGUGCCCUGCCAGCUUCACUCUGAAAUCCAACAUGGAUCGGCACGAGAAGACCAUCCACUUCCACUUCAACGAGUUCACAGUCAUCAGGAAGAAGUUCAAGUGCCCGUACUGCAGCUUUUCUGCCAUGCACCAGUGCAUCCUGAAGAGACACAUGCGGUCCCACACGGGAGAGAGGCCCUACCCCUGCGAGAUCUGUGGGAAGAAGUUCACCCGCCGGGAGCACAUGAAGCGCCACACCUUGGUCCACAGCAAAGAUAAAAAAUACGUCUGCAAGGUUUGCAACCGGGUGUUCAUGUCAGCAGCCAGCGUGGGGAUCAAGCACGGCUCGCGCCGCCACGGCGUCUGCGCCGACUGCUCCGGCCGCGGCAUCGCCGGGCACCUGGACCACAACGGGGGAGAGGGGUCCCCAGAGGAGUGUUACCCUGGGGAAGGGCAGUACAUGGAAGAUCCAGAUGACAUCAAAGUGGAAGGAGAUGAGGAGAUGGGAGACGACGACGACAUCAAGUGGAAGGAUGACGUGGGAAUGUCACAGGAUGAUGUGAUUUUAGAUGAUGACAAAGAUGUCGACUCCCCGCAGGAGCAGGACAACUCUGGGGAGAACGACAAGGAUUUUACCUGGAUUUCUUAGGGAUUAUUUUUUGUUUGUUUUUUUUUUUUUUUUGU